GUGAAAAUUGGACCUGCCUUGUCCUCCCUCUUCCCUUCCCCUCCCCUCUCCCCCCUAAACUCUUUAUCAGCUCAGGGCCGCACACACAGGGCCAGUGUGUUUGAUGUCUAGACAGCAUGACUACCACCGAGUCCAAAUCUGAACUCUUCACCAUAUCCAGUGGAGAGCCGACCCAGGAGCAGAAAGAGCAGGAAGGUCCUAUGGGCUUCUUUGAGAGGUACAUCCAGCCCUGCUUGGCUGAGCUGCUGGGCUCCACUCUCUUCAUCUUCGUGGGCUGCAUCUCUGUCAUCAGCAAUGUGGGCCUGACUGGCAGCAUCCAGCCCGCCCUGGCACAUGGACUGGCACUGGCCAUCGCAGUUGCAGUGUUUGGAGAGAUCAGUGGAGGCCACUUUAACCCAGCUGUGUCUGUGUGUGUGUACCUGCUCGGGGGGAUGGAGCUGGUCCUGCUCGGUCCAUAUAUCCUUGCUCAAAUCUUUGGUGGGAUGAUCGGGGCUGGCCUUGCCAAAGCCAUCUCUCCAUCAGAUGAAUUUUACAAUGCUUCUGGAGCUGCUUUUAAUGCGGUGAAGUCUAGUGAGUAUAUCGGGCCGGUCACUGUAGCUGAGAUGAUGAUGACCCUCUUUCUGACUGUGGUGGUCAGUAUGGGGGCUGUGAAUGGGAGGACUAAGAGCCAGCUGGCUCCAUUCUGCAUCGGCCUUACAGUGACAGCCAACAUCCUGGCUGGUGGUAGUAUCUCUGGGGCAUGUAUGAAUCCAGCUCGUGCUUUUGGCCCAGCAGUAGUGUCUGGUUACUGGGACUAUCACUGGGUAUACUGGGUUGGACCAUUGGCUGGUGCUCUGCUGACUGUCAGCAUUGUAAGGUUAUUGAUGGGAGAUAAGAAGACCCGUGUCAUACUAAAAUAACAAGACUGCCAAAUAUGAGCAUCAUGCAUGAAUGUUACAAUAACAGAAAUGUAAUUGUGUAAGAAAUUAUAUAAAAUAUUAAAUUCUUAAAUAUAGGGGAACUAUCUAGUGUUUCUCAUUAUUAGAAAGUUGUUAACAGUGUUUGGUGAUAACAGACUACAUGUAAUUUGGACUACAUACCUAUAAUCUGUAAAAAAAAAAAAAAAUAAUAAUAAUAAUAGAAUCACCAUAAAUAUGAAACACUAUACUAAUUAAAAAUUUUAAUGACAUUUUUAGGUACUUUAAAAGAUUGUUUGUGAUUAUAUUUAAUUAAUCUAUAUAGGAAGCAUUAGAUUAUUUAAACAAAAUAGUUAAGUGGGAAUUUGGAAAUACAAAUGAAUAGAAAAAUCUAAUAAUUUUAAAGAAUUUAAAGAAAUAAAAAAAAUCACAUUCAGACUCAAAUGUUAAAUUUUAAUCAAUUAUUAAUUUAGAUUUUUUUUAUUAAACACCAUUUAAUAAACAGAAUUUAGUAGAGUGUGCUAAAUUACUGCACUAAAACAGUGUAGUUCACUAAUUGUCUUUCAUAAUCCUUGUGGAUUUAGUCCCAAUUUUUGCAUUUUAUAAAUGUUUAUAUACAGUGUAUGCUACAACAUCAAUAAAUAUGAUGUGAUGUAGCCCCACAUCAGUAAUAUCCAUCCACAACAUGUAAUAAUGAGAAAUAGUAGAUAUGACAACUUUUUUUAAAGAAUUUUUUAUUGCUAUGAUGUCAUGUUUCCCCAGUGUAUAUUCAUCAAAAGCUGUUUCCUCUCUCUCUCCCUCACUCUCUCUCUCUCUCUCCCUCUACCUUUUUCUCUCUAUCUCUCUCACACAUACACACACUUUCCCUGUCUCUCUCUGUCUCGCUCUCUUUUAAAAUGUUUACUUUCCAUAAAACUGACUAUAACAAAUUAACAAGUUUACAUUACCUGUGUGUAAAUCUCUCUGCCUCACUUUAUCUACUGUUAAAAACACAACAACUCCAUUUUUACCAUUCUAACUACAGACUUGUGUGUUUGUAACAGAUGGAUAUGUAUCAAAAUAAAGUGUUCUACGUUUUUUUU